UCUGCUCCUGGGGCCACAGCCCUGCCAGCUCAGGCGUGCCGGGCCCCUGGCUCCAGGAAUCCUGAGGGCCCCAAACGGCUGCCAGUCUGAACAGCCGUGGUGGGCAGGCAGGGCCCUCAGCCAGAGCAGGGCGCAGAACCAAAUCUCAUCCUGGCGUUCCCCUACCUGAAACCCUCCGGAGGUUCCCGUCCCACUGAGAGCGCAAUCCGGUCCCCACGCGGCAGGGUCUGGCUGGCCAGCCUCAUCCUGAGCCCUGGGCUCUAGCCGCAUUGGCCUCUCUGUCCUCCAGGCCUUUGCACAGGCCCUGCCCUCGUCCUGGAACCCUCCCCACUGCGCUUCACCUGGCCUGGUCCCGCUUAAUCUCAUCAGGCCUUGGCUUCAAAGCCACUUCCUGGGGGUUGGGGGUGCGGACCACCCGAGCCCGGCAGGCCCUCCUCGUGCUCUGUCCAUAGGCUCCCCAGCUGCGCAUUAGACCCACCUUCCCCUCCCCCCGCCCCACCCCCCAUCACUGUGAGGCCGACCCUGCGGUCAGGCCCUCCCAGCUCACUCGCCUUGUCUCGGGGCAGCCCAGCUUCUCGGUUCUGAGGUGUGCCUGGGAGGAGUGGCAUCUCAGGGCUGAAAUCCUGGAAGCACCCCUAGGAGUCCCUAAUUCUUUCCACAAGUAUUUAUGGAGCAUUGGCUCCGGUCAGGCCUCGUCCUGGGCUGUGGAGACAGGCCCAGGCCCCGCCCUCCUUUCAGGACGGUGUGGGGGGUGGACGGACAAUAAGCCAGUGAUAGUCAAGACGGAUGCAGCUGGUGGCAGGUGCCCUGAAGGGGUUAAAGCAGGGAGGCAGGAGGGCAGCAGGGGGCUUGGAGGAGGCCCCCAGUGAGGCAUUUAAACGAAGGCAGAGAGAAGAGGAGCCCAUCACGUGCAGACAGGGUGUGGGCGUGGGAAAGCCUUCCAGGCGGAGGGGACAGAGGUGCGAAGGCCCUGAGGUGGGAAUGAGCUUUGAGGGACAGAAAGUGGGUGUGCGGCUGGCCUGUGGGACAGUGGUGUAAAUGUCCUGGGGCUCCCCGUCCUGCCCCCAUCCCCCAACCCUGCAGGGACUACUGGAGGAUGUCUGGCUUGGACGGGUUCUGAGAUUCCUGAGUGGCCUCCAUCGGGCCUGGUUCUCUGUAGUUCCCUUGUCCAGGGGUGAGGAAGUAGCUGCCCGUGAUGGCAGAGAAGCAGCACAUCUGUUUUUAACUUCCUGUCUCUGUACAUAACUUCUGUACAUAACUGUACAUAACUUCCUGUCUCUGUACAUAACUUCUGUACAUAACUGUACAUAACUUCCUGUCUCUGUACAGCUCCCAGGGAUCUGGACCCUGGCUCUGGGGCUGGACGGUCUGGAUCGGGUUUCAGGUCUCACCUCUGGCCUUAUUUCCCAAGUAAUCCAACCAGGUUGAAACACGGCCACAUUGCCAAGGUGCUCAGCAGCGGGGGCAGGUCAGGCAAAAAUAACCUUAGACAGGAGAGCAGAAGAGCCUGGCUCCACUUAGAUGUCCCCAGCCCUUACCCCUGCCCUGGCACCUGAAGCCCCUUUGCCUCUGGACAGCGUUGUUGUUUUCUUCUUUAUUGUGUAAUCAAAGAAUUCACUUGGGGAAGUAAUCUGGUGAGGAAAUUUUACACUAAGGUUGAAUGACUGCUAUAACAAGGCCACAUAUAAUAAAUAUAUAAUACUGUAUUAUAACAUAAGGCCGUACAUAAUAAGGUGGGCAGAUGAAGAAGAGAGCCAGGCCCUGACACUGUCCCAUUCUGCCCUGACUGACAGGCACGGGCUGCUCUUAACCCCUUCCUGCCAUCCCUCAGCCAGGUCUCCCCUCCCUCAGGCAGGGACCCGCUUGAGCCAGGAGACCCUGCAAGGUCCGCACCACCUGGGAAUUCCUCCACAGGGACGGCUGGGAAGUGUAGGUGUGAAAACCAAGCAGCAGCCCUUGAUUUUCAAGGAGAGGAGGCUAGAGAAAGGGGGCAGAGAGGAGGGCUAGACCUCAGAGACAUGUAUCAGGAGAAACAGGCUAGUACACGUGAAGCACCCAGAGCAGAGCUUGACCUUUGCGAGUGCCGUGCGCGUGUUUGUCAUCAUCCCUGGGCGUCUAGUACCACCAGAUGCAGGAGGAAAGGUGCGCUUACACCCAGCUUUGAGUCCUCACCUGAAAUGUGUCCAGUCGGUCCUCUUAUUUAUUGCCCCGCCCCCAGCCCCUCCUACCUCCGGAUCCUGCACCUGCAGCAGCCGUGCACCGGGCCUCCGAUAGUGUCUCCCAACGACACCAGGUAGAAGGGCUGGCCCAGCGGCCUCACGUGAGGGCUGGGGCCCGUGGGUCACACGUGCCCAUCUGGAAGCUCGUCUGGCAUGCCGGGGGAUGUUUAAUAUUUACUGAGUCCUCCCAGAACUGCUGUGACAUCCGCCCCUGGAGGUUGCUCCCUGCCCUGGCAGUUGUGGCACUGGGCCAGACAUGAAACCUGAUUUCGCCAUCCAGAGACUGCACAUACAUCACUGUCCCUGGCGGGGCUGGCCACCACACCUGCUCUGUUGAACCUCAGACAAGAGCACUGGGUUCAGAGCUUCCCCAGGAGCCGGUGCUAUCAGGCACAGCCACAGAGCGAGGGCGAGGAAGUUGCCAGGUAGAUGGAAGUGGGAUCCAGCCGAGGGCACGCAUCUGCUGGGGACUGUGGGACUCUGGGAGCUGGCAGAAAGUCCGUCCACAGGAACUCAGUGAGGUCUCGAAUGCCUGUGAAAUCCUCCAAGAUGUAUGGCACGCUGCGGAAGGGGUCUGUCUGCUCGGAUCCCAAGCCACAGCAGGUGAAGAAGAUCUUUGAAGCACUGAAGAGAGGCCUCAAGGAGUAUCUGUGCGUCCAGCAGGCCGAGCUGGAUUACCUGUCAGGACGCCACAAGGACACCCGCAGGAAUUCCAGGCUGGCUUUCUAUUAUGACCUGGACAAGAAGCAAACACGCUCUGUGGAAAGGCACAUUCGGAAGAUGGAGUUUCACAUCAGCAAGGUGGACGAGCUCUACGAAGGCUACUGCAUCCAGUGCCGCCUGCGAGACGGCGCCUCCAACAUGCAGCGGGCCUUCUCCCGGUGCCCGCCGAGCCGCGCCUCCCGAGAGAGCCUGCAAGAGCUGGGCCGCAGCCUGCAGGAGUGCACCGAGGACAUGUGGCUCAUCGAGGGGGCCCUGGAGGUUCACUUGGGCGAGUUCCACGUCAGGAUGAAAGGCUUGGUGGGCUACGCACGCCUCUGUCCGGGAGACCAGUAUGAGGUGCUCCUGCGCCUGGGCCGCCAGCGCUGGAAGCUGAGGGGCCGGAUCGAGUCUGACGACAGCCAGACCUGGGACGAGGAGGAUAAGGUCUUCAUCCCCACCCUGCACGAGAACUUGGAGAUCAAGGUGACAGAGCUUCGGGGCCUGAGCUCUCUGGCGGUGGGCACAGUGACCUGCGACAUCACCGACUUCUUCACAACCCGGCCGCAGGUCAUCGUGGUGGACAUCACAGAGCUGGGCACCAUCAAGCUGCAGCUGGAGGUGCUGUGGAAUGUCCUCCGGCCAUCGAUGACACCCUGGCUUCUGCUCUCCUCCAGCCCGUUUGAUACCGAGAGCUUCCUGGUGUCGCCCAGCCCCACAGGCAAGUUCUCCGUGGGCAGCAGGAAGGGCUUCUUGUACAACUGGACACCCCCGAGCACCCCCAGCUUCCGGGAGAGAUACUACCUGUCUGUCCUGCAGCAGCCGGCACAGCAAGCCUUGCUGCUGGACAGGCCGAGGGCCACCUCCAUCCUCAGCUGCCUGUCCGACGGCGACCUCCGGGGGCCUGGCCUGCGGAGCCGGAGUCAGGAGCUGCCUGAGAUGGACUCCUUUAGCUCCGAGGACCCCCGAGACACUGAGACCAGCACAACAGCAUCCGCCUCGGACGUGGGCUUCCUGCCCUUGGCCAUUGGCCCCAACACCUCCAUUGAAGAGGGGGCCCAGGAGGACCCCCCACCCCUGGGCCUCCUGCCAGAGGUGUUCCACCUGGCGGAAGGCUCAUUUGUGGAGCAGCCUGGGUGGAGAAAUUUGGGAGUAGAAAGCCUCGACCGGCCACGGGGCUCCCCCUUCCGCAACCACGUGAUCCCCGGAGGCCAGGAAGGCCACGAUGAAGCAGAAACCGAGGAUGGAGUGGAUGGGCCUGGGGUGCCCCUCGAGAGGCCCCUGCAGGACGUCCUGGAUUUACUGAGGUCCACGGACCCUGCCCCGCCCCAGCUCCGGGAGCUGGAGUACCAGGUCCUCAGCUUCAGGGACCGGCUGAAGCCCCGCGGAGCCCGCCAGGAGCACGCGUCCGCCGAGAGCCUGAUGGAGUACAUCCUGGAGAGCUUCUCCUUCCUCAGCGCCCACAUCACCCCGCACGAGCUGGCCCUGUUUGGGGGCUCCCAGGGUCCCCGAAAGGACAAGACUCCACCUCCACCGCCAGCGCUGAAAGCGUCGUCCAGGGAGCUCACGGCUGGUGCCCCAGAGCUGGACGUGCUGCUCACGAUUCACCUCCGAAUCUGCAAAGCGCUGCUGCAGAAACUGGACUCUCCUAACUUGUCGAAGAUGGUCCAGGAGUGCCUCCUGGAAGAAGCUGCACAGCAAAAACAGGUUCUGGAGACGCUUUCUGUGCUUGAUUUUGAGAAGGUCAGCAAGGCGACAUGCGUUGAAGAGAUCAUCCCGCAGGCCACGCGGAGGAAGGGGUGCCUGAAGCUGUGGAGAGGCUGCACGGAGCCCGGCGCGGUCCUGUCCUGCCCUGGCACAGUGCUGCUGGACCAGCUCAAGAAGACGUUCCUGCACAGAGUCAGAGGGAAAUACCCGGGACAACUGGAAAUAGUGUGCCGCAGGCUCCUGGAGCAGGUGGUCAGCUGCGGCGGGCUGCUGCCCGGAGCUGAGCUCCCUGAAGAACAGACCAUCACCUGGUUCCAGUUUCACAGCUACCUGCGGAGGCAGAGUGUCUCCGACCUGGAGAAGCACUUCGCUCAGCUCACCAAGGAAGUAACACUCGUCGAGGAGCUGCAGUGCGUGGGCCAGGCCAAGACAGUCAGGAAGCUGAAGGGGAAGCAGCUGGGCCAGCUCCAGCCCCUGCCCCAGACGUUGAGGGCCUGGGCGCUGCUCCAGCUGGACGGGACCCCACGGGUGUGCAGGGCGGCCAGUGCUCGCUUGGCCAGCGCAGCCAAGAACAAGAGCUUUCGGGAAAAGGCUUUGCUCUUCUACACCAACGCCCUGACCGAGAACGAUGCAAAACUCCAGGAAGCUGCGUGUGUGGCGCUAAAACAUCUCAGGGGCAUCGAAAGCAUUGAUCAGAUUGCCCGCCUGUGCCAGUCUGACGUGGAGGCCGUGCGAGCGGCAGCCCGGGAAACCACGCUGUCAUUUGGUGAAAAAGGACGCUUAGCUUUUGAGAAGAUGGAUAAACUUUGCUCAGAACAAAGAGACGAAGCCUUUGGCCAGGAGGCAGAUGUUGAAAUCACAAUAUUUUAAAAAGCCUCAGCUAAUGAGCCCAAACCCGGCACCUUUGUUUUUGCUGCUGCCCGGCCUCGACACAGGGAGGGCUUCGGGUGGAGGUACACGGUGUGCUCUCCCAAGAGCGUGAACUGGCCAGAGCUGCUCCCGGACUCUGGGCCAGUUACGAAGCCCCAGGGCACAAGUGGGACUUCUGUACGGGAGCAGAACAAGGGGCUGCACGGCACUUAGAGGGCUGCACUUCAGUCAAUCAGCCUUUGGCUUUGAGAAUCGGCCUGACCUUCCCCGGGGGCAGAGCCGGGUCAGUGCCAGCCAGCCACGUCACGAAGGGGCCGAGGCCAGGCAGGCGGAGGCCUGGAAUCAGCAGGUCAGCUGGCUCAGCACUUCUGGUUCACUAAAGACUGGGACUGAGGAGGCGAGCAGACCGAGCGUCCCUGCUGAGGACAGAACUCGGGUCGUUCCCACAGCAUCAGGUGUCACUGUGGGGAGGGCAGAGCCAGGGUUUCGACGGUUCGCCCCCUCAGCCCGAGCUGCAGCCCAAGCGCCACAGGGGAGCCGGCUGGCGGCCUGCUGACCGUGGGCCUUAUUUUCACUGUGGUUCAACAGCACAAAGGAAACAAGAACAUGCCGUCAGCCGAGAAGUCUUGAGUGCCAUUUGCUUUGACCUCACUCAUCAGAAUGGAAUCCAUUUUCUGAAGCAAGUCAACUUAGGGUUUAUUAAAUAAAUUGCUUCAGAAGCCAUAAGCUAGUUUGAAGAAAGAUUUUACUGAACAUCAUGUUUAAAGAAGGAAAAUUAAUUUCCUAUUUAAGUCUAUUAAAAAACCCAGACAUGUCCUGGGCUGUUUCUGGGAUAAGAAUGUAGAGGUACCCUGGGGUCUGGAUGUGGUAUCAACAAUGGCAUUGGAAAGCUCUGUAACUUAAACAUGCUCAUUUACAUUUCCUGUAUAUAUUCUGUGCUUUUUGGUUUAACUCAGUAUUUAUUUGCCUUGUCCAUAUGUUGUUUUCUGAAAUUUCAAUUAAAAUAACUUUUUAUUGGCGUUCCACUCUACCUGAAAAAA